GGUCAUUGUCAAAAGUAGAUCGUAUUCCGCCUGGAAUUCGUGAGCAAAAGGUUCUUCCUGAAGGAGACUCGACGCGGUCAAUGAUGCGCCGACCACCCAUAGAUUCAAGGCAUUUCUUGCCCCACGCUCCUCUCAUCUAUGACUGGCCUCAUAAUUGGUAUAUGGUCUUUGCAGCUGGAUGUGAUGGGUGGGUUGAAGGUUGUGGCAUCGAUCGUAGAGCGGUAAUGAUGGGCUGCAAAGUUUGCACGAUUGAUUGGGAGAAUGGAAGUGGCUUGAUGGAGUUGCCUCCUGGGGGGUUUCCUGAAGAGCCCUCGGCUACGAGCUUCGUGAAAAGUUGUGUCAUUUUCUUCACUCCUGCUUCCACCAGCUGCGCCGUCUCUUUUGCGGCCCUUGGAUCGGUAUUGAAAGCAAUGGUGGCAUUGAGUCUCUCUACUGUCGCUAUAUAG